GAACAAAGGAAAUAAUUUAUUUGUGAAAGUUCCGAUGCAAGACAGAUGCCUAAGAUCAUUGUUCAUUGAUAAUUUAAUGUCAUUUCUAAUUUUAGUACCUAUUGCAAUAUGCAUUUUUCUUUACCUGUACCAGGGACAUUGACAUUACUCACAAAUAAAUAAUUGUCAUUUCCUCCUUUAGGGGCUAUAAAAGAGGAGCUCUGUGCUGAUAGUUACAGAUAAUCUGAGCUCUUCUCAUCAUCAUGUAUCUGACUUUUUUACUCCUGACACUGCAGGUGUUGAGCACCACAGCUUCACACUUUUAUGGAGGAUUAAUGACUUUUAACUCAAGAAGUAACUUUGAUGGAUCAUACAAGGUGGAACUUCGCUUCAAGACGGCCUACCAUCAAUGUUCCUCAUUUGAUAACUGGGCAUGCUGGUCUGGAGACUGUGGCACUGAGGACAGUUAUGAGAUGGGUCAAAUAGAUUCAAGUGUCAAUGGUGGAAACUGGUGUCAGUCUGAGGGAAUCAUAACAAGAACCGUUUCCACCAAUGACCCAUUUGAGCUGGUAAACCAGAAUUGCUGUUGGAUUUACAACACAGUGACAAUGGCUGGACCCUGGAGUCUUUUCACACAAAUUGACCUUGGAGUGAGAUCAGACACCUCAGAGCCCAACAGAUCCCCAAUCACUACCACAUUACCGUUUCUUAGAGUUCCUCAGAACUGUCCAAGGAAGUUCAAUCUUUUAGCCUUUGAUCCUGAUGGUGACCACGUCAGAUGUAGAUAUGGACUCGCAUACAAUAAUGAGUGUGGAAUUUGCAACCAACCUGCUGGUUUUACUUUGGAUCAGAAUGAAUGUUUGUUGUCGUAUGACUACACAUCGCUCACAGGAGUUUAUUCAUUUGAGUUGGUACUGGAGGAUUUCCCCAUGCAGACGAUCACUCUGUCCUACACCAACCAACCUUCAGUGACUAGAGAUCCAGUCAGUUUCAACAGAGCCCGACGCAUGGUUCGAAGCAUUGGUUUAACUUAUAAAACCACAGUUCCACCGACUACAACCCCAGUUCCACCGACUACAACCCCAGUUCCACCGACUACAACCCCAGUUCCACCGACUACAACCCCGGUUACACAUACUACUACCCCAGUUCCACCGUCUACAACCACAGUUCCUCCGACUACAACCCCAGUUCCACCUUCUACAACCCAGGUUACACACACUACUACCCCAGUUCCACCGACUACAACCCCAGUUCUACCGACUACAACCACUGUUCCAGCUGUAUCACUGAGCAAAAUUCCUCUUCAAUUUUCUCUCCAAGUUGAUGGUUCAGCUCCAUCUUGCACUGAGGGUGAAUAUAUACCACAGUUCCUCCCACCAACACCUCAACAUGGAGAGCACCUGCAGGCCCGUGUGAAUGAGAAGCUUGAAAUCAUAAUAAAUGCUUUCGCAUUUAUUUCAAGCCUCACUGAUGUCUUCAUAAGUGGACCUCUGCACAGCACAAAACACAAAGCAACCACUGGGGAGUAUGUGAUUAACUGGACACCAACUCCAGAGAACUUUGGCCAACAUUUUCCAUUUUGCUUCAUCGCAGAAGGACAAUUUGGGUCAAACAUUUACCAGUCUGAAAUGAGGUGUGUCACUGUAGAGGUGGAUGAAAUGGCAUCGACUACAACCACAGUGGCAUCGACUACAACCACAGUGGAACCGACUACAACCACAGUGGCACCGACUACAACCACAGUGGGACCGACUACAACCACAGUCGCACCGACUACAACCACAGUCGGACCGACUACAACCACAGUCGGACCGACUACAACCACAGUGGCACCGACUACAACCACAGUUGCACCGACUUUGCCAGGACCCAAGGCACAUGUAACCUGCUCAGAAAACUCAAUGUCAGUGUCAGUUGAGAAGUCUACAAUCAAGAACGUCAAUAACAAACACUUCAGACUGAUAGAUCCGCUUUGCCAGCCUAACUCCAAUGUGACCCAUGUGUAUAUCAACAUACCUUUGAAUGGUUGUGGCACUGAAAUGAAGGAGACCAAUGAAUACCUUAUCUUCAAGAAUAAAAUCAUUUCGUACGAUGACCACAGAGACAUUAUAACCAGGACCCACAAACUAGAAAUUGAAUUCCUGUGCGAGUACCAGAAAAGAAGCAACCUUACAAUGGAGAUCAACUUCUCUACUAACAUUAGUAAUGAUACAUUGUGGAUGAAACUGUUCAGAUUUUCUCAAACCGCCAACCAUACAUCCAAUUCGGGGUAGAGGCCUUCAAAUUCAUUGGGCUCCACGACCAGGUGUUCAUCAGCUGCUCAAUCAUCAUAUCGUCACCUUCCUAUUUUUUGACAAAAAUGUUUACAAUUUUUUUUGAUUUAUUUAACCCCUUGAGAUCCGCCAUCUCGUUUUCGAGGGGGUCCUUAAAACAAACAGAAAUACAAACAACAAAUUACAAUGUAUAACUCAUAAAAAAUACAUUCAUCCAACAAUUUGCUCUCCAUAACAUCUCCUCACAUACCAACCCUAUAUAAGCACAUAAAUACAAUAAAUGUACAUUUGUCAUACACAGCAUACAAGUUCAGUACCAUUCAAUGUAAUGAAGUUCCCGUAAUAAAAAAAAUGGUAUACUCAAAAGCAAGAGCAAAUAUUCUUCAAGUGAUCACGUAGAGCUGACCUAAAGAUAUUGAUUGAAGUAAUAGAUCUAAUUUCACUUGUUAAAUUAUUCCAAUCUGAUGGAGCUUUAAAUUGAAAUGCCAUACGACCUAUCUCUUUAUUAAUUUUGGGAACAUAAAAAAAUAAUUGAUCAGUAUGCCUUAAGUUAUAUGAAGAGCAAAAUGGAAUUAGAUAUUGUUUUAAGUACUGAGGAUAAUUUAAAUAAUAACAUUUAAAAAUAAACUGAAGCCAGUGAGAGUACCUUCUUGAAUAUAACGAUAACCGAAAUGUUUUAGGCUAUGUCUU